UGGUUGAGUCAUUUUGACUCGGUCCUAUCUGAAAAUUUAUCCUUUUUAUCUUUCUUUUCCACAUUCUCAUUAUAAGUCAAUUUCUAUUUACCUUAUCUAUCUGAUCAGUACGUAUCAAUAUCAACAUUCAAUAUCAAGUACCUCAAACAGCUAGACACCGCCUCCUCACCUAUAUUUCUAAACUCUUAGUUCUUCGCAACUUACUGGUCUCUGAUUCAGGAAUUAUUUAGCGCUUAUUUCAAUUUAUUUGUACUUUUUUUUUGGAAAAAAACACGAAAAAUGAUGAAGUCAACUACAGAUCGAAAAAUGGUGAACUCCCGUAAGCAUUCAAUCGUCGAGGCCGCCGAGGCUCAUUUCGACAAGAAUACGCUUAUUCUCAUCGUCAACGUCGUCAUUCUUCUGUGUCUUAUCUCUCUUCUCUACAUGGUUGCCACGUCUGCAAUGGCUGCAAGUGGAUCACACAACGAGCACUAAACAUAAAUAUAUCAAACAAUGCAUUAUCAGUUUAUCAACUCGUUCUAGAUUUUUUUUUGUAACCGGUAUUUCGACAAAACUCUUCAUUCAACCCGUUUUCUUUGCUCUCCUUCAUUUCUCAUCAAUUUCUCAAUGCAAUUUGUACAACUACUAUUCAAUCAGAAUCGGAUUCUUCAACUUUUUCGCCAAGAACUCCAUUGGCUCAGCAUUUUCUGAGCACAAUGGACACGUCAUGUUUCGUGACGUGGCAAUACACGUAUAACAUGCCACGUGUCCACACUUCUGCCCAACCAUAGGAAUUACUGACGGCUUGUCACACACAACACAUUCAAUAUCAGAUGAUCCUAUCGAAGAUGUGAAUUUUCGAUCCAAUUUCUGUUUUUUGACAAUUCGUUGGCGGGCUUUUUCAAUGAAUGGGUAUGUGAGGAGGAUGACGUCACGAAACGCGUGCCACAUAAGUUCCCGAUUCUGAGUGUCGUAGUUGAUCGAAGCUGUAAUUUUUUUUUGAUUUUUUUGAUUAUUUUAAUAUUGUCAUCAGAACUGAAUCUGAACAUUUCAUGUUUUCGAAACGUCAUUUUUGAUACUGUAUUAUAAUUCUGAAUCUCGAUUUUCUUACCCUGCAAUGUAUUUUAUAUUUUUCAUUUUUCUCAAAAAUUCUUCCUUUCAGUAUCUAAUCUUCAAACUAAUUGUAAUCUCUAAACCUAUUUUUCCUCGACUCUGUCAGUAAAUCUUUCUCUUCUUCUCUUUCUUGAAGUGAUAAGAUGAACACAAGUCUAUUACACAACACAUUUUUUGGAGAAGAAGGAUGAGAUCGAAAACAAGGAAAACUGA